AUCCGAAUACUUAGACUAUUGCAUGCUGAGUGCUUGACAAUAUUAAUAGUACGUACUUACUUUACCUAAUCCGCAGCAUUAAUUAUUAAUCAACUACUUAAUGGAGCAGGGAGCCUGGGAUCUACAUUUAAAAGUGGUCAAAAGUCCCUCGAGCCUCAGAAACCAUUUUACUUAAUGCGUAUACUUACAAUCGCAUAGUAAUUACCAGAAUGGAACAGGGCUGCGAAGUAUUUUUCUGCACUGCACUCAGUAGUUGCUGAACGACAAGAAACCAGUAAGAAAGAACAAAAACAUAUUUUUUAUUGAGCUCCAACUUCUAAGAGAAUGGAUCCGCUUAUUAUAUUUGUCAUAUUAAUACCGCUGAUUGAAGCCCAGGAUGAUGAGCCAGGGAAUUCAUUUAAUUUAACUACCGAUGUUAUGGGCUCAGUGAUUACUCCUGACAUUGUGAAGAUCGAAAACCAGGUUUCCGAAAACGAGGAAGUAUUGGACGCUACCGAGCAGUCACUCACAACAACCGUGUUUCCGCCCAUAAGAUGCCUUAGCUGUGCAUAUUGCGGCCCUAGUGAGGGAAAAAGUAGGAAUAGUAAGGGGAAAAAGAUGUGUCCCAUAAGGCUGGGGGAGGUCCAGGGAUGCCUAACAGUUUUUUUUAUUUCCCCCAACACUGCUGGAGGUCCAGUUGGCUUUUUGGUGAGAAGCUGUAUUUCCGAUCAAGACGAGGACGGUCGCGAGUACUGCAAGAAAAACAAAAAACUCUGCGAAGUGUGUUUCGAUGACGAUUGCAACUAUGUGGACAUAACCAAAGAUGGUCUGGAGACUGGAGGAGGAUCUCGGAUAAUGGCCCCGUUAUUAGUGAUCAUCAGUUUAACCGGCUGUCUUUCAUGGUAAUGCGUAACAAAUAUCACAGUUUUUUUGAGCGAAUUUCAAAAUUAAAUUUUCACAAAGGCACAAAGGGUAAUUAAGUGGUUCUCUGUAUUGCGAAUAUUUAUUAAGCCCUCAGCAAUUGUAUUGUAUAUUCAUUGUUCCAAUAAAUAAAACCAAAUGUUAAAA